AUGGCUUCAUCAUCAUUGUUAUUGUCCCCGUCGGAAGAAUUUCGUGGUUUACCAAAAUGUCCACGUACAGCAAGCGCCACGGCGCAACGGAUUAAAGAAACAACCAUGGUUCAUUCCAGUCAACCAGCUGCUCUGCCAUCACCAACUCAAUUGGGCAUGAUCCGUAUUUUUAAUAAUAAAAAUGUUUUAUUUUUAGGUGAUAGUGGUGCACGGUUUGUGUAUCGCGAUUUAUAUCGCAUUUUACACAAGGAUAGAAGUACAAGCCCUGUGGAAAUCAGAGGCCAAUGGGGCCACCAUCCGUGUUAUAUAAAUGAAUCGCCAAUGAAGUUGGUUGGUAAAGAUGGUGUGUCUGUUGAGACGAAUUGUCGAAUGUUCAAGAAACCGGAAUCAUCAACGACACUACUUUAUCCCGGUCGAUACUGUGGUAGCUGA